UUUAAGUUUGUAGUAAAUAUUCGAAAUUGUAAGAGUAAAUUAAAAGUUGUAUAUUAUUGAAAAAUCGAGUUGAUCAGAAUGGGGCGGCAAUCAGUUUUGGAGCCACAGUAUUUUAGUCCAAAAGUUGACUACGGUGUCAUCUUGGAUAAACUGAAGGAUGAGUUCAACAAAAGGUUUACCCGCAAUACACCGUCACCAUCGUGUGGUCUCGACAACUACAUAAUCAAAGCCACUCUAGGAUCCGGGUCGUUUGGGAAGGUGCAGCUAGUCAAGGAAAAGGACACUGAUGAGUAUUACGCCUCGAAACAGCUAAGCAAAGAUCAGAUCGUAAAGACAAAACAGGUGAUGCAUGUCAUGAGCGAGAAACGGGUUCUCAACGCAAUUCACUUCCCGUUCACCGUCUAUCUGAUAGCUUCAUUCAAGGAUAAUGACAGCCUUUACCUGAUCCUGCCGCUACUGCUUGGAGGCGAGCUGUUCACAUACCAUCGCAGAGUUCGCAAAUUUAGUGAAAAACAGGCUCGCUUUUAUGCGGCCCAGGUGUUUCUGGCUCUAGAGUAUCUUCAUCAUUGCAGUCUGCUUUAUCGCGAUCUGAAACCAGAGAAUAUUAUAAUAGACAAAAACGGCUAUCUGAAGGUUACAGAUUUUGGAUUUGCAAAGAAAGUAGAAACGCGGACAAUGACGCUUUGUGGCACUCCUGAGUAUCUGCCUCCAGAAAUUAUACAAUCAAAGCCUUACGGCACCAGCGUGGACUGGUGGGCAUUCGGUGUUCUUAUCUAUGAGUUUGUUACCGGUCAUUCCCCGUUUGCAUCUCACAAUCGUGACGUCAUGGUUAUGUACAACAAGAUCUGCGAGGGUGACUACAAAAUGCCCAGUGCAUUCACUGGGGCGUUACGUCAUCUGGUGGAUCAUUUGUUGCAAGUGGAUCUCUCGAAACGAUAUGGCAAUUUAAUUGGUGGCAACAAGGAUAUCAAGAAUCAUGAGUGGUUCAAGGAGGUGGAAUGGAUAGCGUUGCUCAACCAGACCAUAGCGCCGCCCUACUUACCAACUAUAUCGAAUGCUGAGGAUAUUUCAAACUUCGACAAACAUCCCGAGGGUAAGCAUAAGCCGAAGGCUAAGACUAUGCGGCAUGAGGAAGCUUUCGCUGACUUCUAGUUGGGAGCUCGACCCAAAAAAGAACAAAAUUCAAAGCCUGCUAAAUAUUUUACCAUUGUGAAUUAUGAAAGAAGGCUAAGGCCACGCAACAUGCGGUAUGAGGAAGUUGUCGUUGACUGCUAAAGGAGACGAUUUGCAUCCCAAUCAAUGUGCAUACAUAUAGUUAUCUAUUGUUCAGAAAUAAAGUUCGGGUUGUUUAAGAUUG